UUUAUAAAAAUCGUGAUAAAAGUGUUUAUUUAGAUUUGAUUUCAAAAUAUUAUUGCUCGUCACGUUAUCUAUGUGUUUAUGUUUUUAAUUUUUUUUUAAUCCAUUCCGACGUGGAGAGAUCGUAUUAUUUAUCAGACGACGCACUACGUUUUAUGCUGACCGCUAAGUGUGUGUUUAUCGAGUUCGUUUAACUUUUUUUAUUUAUAGAAGUGCUCCGUGAACGCUUUAUUUUAAAUCUUAAAACUAUCAAAACAAACACAAAGAAAUUUUCUUCUCCGUUUAAAUGAUGCGUCAAAAAGCAACAAAGCAAAAAUUAUUUGUUAAUAUCCGCGUUAUUUUUUUAAUAAUAAAUAAUAAAAACAUCAAAUGAUAACACUUACAGCUGUUUAACAAAGAUAACAGAAGCUUAUAAUCGGGUGAUAAGCUAAAAAUUCUUUUUAGCGAUAAAUUUAGACGGAAAUCGUGUUAGUUAUUGUUAGUUAUUGACAAAAUAACAGAGCGAAGGAUAAAGGAAUUUUUUCAUGGUGAUUCGUUUCGAUUCGUGGAAGUGUUAUUCCUCCAAGCGGGUGUUUGAUGAAAAGAUGGAAAAGUGACCAACCCCCACUUUAAAAGGGGAUUAAAGGAUCUAAACGAUUUUUUUUCGUACAAGUGGUAAAGUCACGUAUGGCCGACUCCUGCGUCCAAGACCAGGAUGGUAAAGACAUUUCAGGCCUACUUACCCCAAUGCCACCGUACUUACUCGUGUAUACACUGCCGAGCGCAUUUGGCCAAUCACGACGAGUUAAUUUCAAAGUCAUUCCAAGGAAGUCAAGGUCGCGCUUAUUUGUUCAAUUCUGUGGUGAAUGUAGGUUGUGGUCCAGCAGAGGAAAGAGUUCUAUUGACGGGUCUUCACGCUGUUGCAGAUAUUUACUGUGAAUGUUGUAAAACGACGCUCGGAUGGAAAUAUGAACAUGCUUUCGAAUCGAGUCAAAAAUACAAAGAAGGCAAGUUUAUAAUAGAAUUGGCCCAUAUGAUUAAGGAGAACGGUUGGGACUGACGAUUUUGAAGCCGUUCGGGUCGUUUUCUCAACAAUUACAACCGAUGGCCGCCAAUUGUCUUCAUAAAUCCGACAACAACAACUAUUACUACGAGUUUAUGUGUAAAAAGAACGUUUUUUAGCGUAACAAUCGAUGACCACGUCCCUAUUGUUGUGUUGUGGUGGUGGUUAAACGAGUUUCAUCAAUCUUGACAACGUCAAAUUUAUCGAUUAAUUCGAUUUUAUUACUUUUGAGAAAACGUUUUAGUUUUUUCGAAUCAUGAAUUAUUUUAUUCGAUUUUUAAAAAUU